AUGGUUAAAAGAAAUUUACAUAUUGAAGGAAGCUGUAGUCCUGGUUUCGAAGCUGUCGAGAAGUCGUUCAGAAAUAAUUUCGGGGAAGGUUGGGAACGUGGAGGAGCUUCUUUCGCCGUUUUUCACAAUGGAAUCAAGGUGGUCGAUAUAUGGGGUGGAUAUGCUGAUCGUGAAUGCAAUCGAUUAUGGAGAGAAGACACAUUGACAACUAUAUUCAGUUGCACUAAAAGCAUCGCUGCCAUUUGUGUUUCUCGUUUGAUCGAUCAUGGGCUAUGUGAUUAUAACGACAAAAUUAUCAAAUAUUGGCCGGAGUUCGGCCAACAUGGCAAAGAAAACGUUACUUUACAAAUGAUUUUGUCACAUAAGGCCGGUUUACCUUUCUUCAAUAAUAAGGUCCUUUCCUUACCUGAAUUGAUCGAUGAGAAUUUGAUGUCGAAGAUCAUUGAGGAAUGUGAACUUGUGUUUGAACCGAAUUCAAAAACAGCCUACCAUCCACUAACGUUCGGAUGGCUUAUUGAUCAGGUUUUUCGCCGAAUCGAUCCAAAUAAGAGGACAAUCGGGGUAUUCUUCAAAGAAGAAAUAGCUGAUAAGUACCAUCUUGAUGUUCACAUUGGAAACUGUGCCAAUGAAGAGUCUCGUACAGCUCGGUUGACAGACUUACAUACUCCCCUCACUCUCAGGGAAGUUGCGUAUGACAAGUGUAUCGCCAAGAUAGGAAAGUAUUACUUCAACCCUAGAGGUUAUUUCAACAAGGCUCUGCAGAACAUGCGAAAUUUCGGAAAAAACUUUAUACUUUACAAUAAUCCUGAACUUCGUAUUGCUGGACAAGCAGCUGUUAAUGGUAUAGCAACAGCAAGAGGACUAGCAGAGUUGCAUCAGUUGUUCAUGGAUCACACAAUAAUUUCUCCUCAAACUUUUCAAAAAAUAGCCGAGCCUUUGUUUGUGAAAGAGUUCGAUCACACUAUUGGGGAAGUUCAAAGUAAAGGAUUUGGCUUUAUGUACACUCAGAGUCCAGAGAAAACUUGGCAGAUAGGUCAUAGUGGGGUAGGUGGUCAAAUUGUAAAAAUGGAUCCUUCUAAUCAUAUAGUAAUUGCUUACUUAACGAAUGCCAUGAAAGCUGGCACAGGUGAGCAUGUCUUCACAUGCAACCGAUUAACCAGAAAGGUUUAUGAAUGUCUUAAAAAACUGCCUUCUUCUUAA